GCAUAAACCAAAGUAGGUGAGACAAGGGUUUCCAGGUUGGUCGAAUGCAUUCUUCGAAAAAUUCUUGCAUAGUUUCGCCAGAACUUUUUAAACAUUCAAUCUUAUCUCGCAAUAGAGUAUUAGUCUCUUGAUCUAAGAUUCGAAAUCAAACUUGGACGCUUUAUCUUUUCCCAACAAUUACCAUAUCUGCCACUUCACUGUCCAUUCCCAAUAAAUACACCUCUAAAAACCCCAAACCAAAAACCCCCGAUUCAAUUCGGUUUUUCCUCCUCAGCCUUCAAGGAGUUGUGUUUUCUCGAAAAGGGAAUUGCUUUUCUGGGAAAGUUAGAACUUUUCUGGGAAAGAGGCAAACGGCGGAAUGGAGGAGGAGGAGGUUCUUCUACCGGAACAUCUGCGGUGCAAUCGGACAGAUGGGAAGGAUUGGCGGUGCAAUCGGCUGGUGAUGGAGGGGAAAAAGCUUUGUGAGGUGCAUCAUAUUCAAGCCCGCCGCCGACAGCGGAAGGAGGGAGUUCCGGACUCGCUGAAGCUGCAGAGAAGGAAAAGAAGGAAAAAGAAGGUUUUGGGCCGUGAGAAUUUGGUUCUUGAGAAGGGUCGUAAAAUUAGGGCUAAAAAUGUGGAGGGGAUACCCAAAUUGGUGAAAUUAGGGAUGCCCAUGAAACGGAAGCAAGUGAUCGGAGAAUCUGAGGCUCUUGAUGAGGCAGUGAGGAAGAUGAAGCUGAAGAAAGGGGAUCCUCAGCUGGACCUGAUAAGAAUGGUUUUGAAGAGGGAAAUAGAAAAGAGAAAGAAGAAAGAGAUAGACGUUGAAGCGAGAAAUGGUAGUGAUUCUGAGGAAGAUUUGAUGAAACAAUUGCCUAAUGGACUAAUGGCAAUCUCCUCUAGCUCAAAUUUCAACAAUGAAGGUUCUUGUUCGGGUUCUGGUUCUGGUUCAAGUUCAGGUCUUUGUGUCAAUGUCAAGAUAGCAGAAGCUGAAGCUGAUACAGCUGCAGUCACCAGGAGGCAAUUCAGGUCCAAGAAUAUCGAGCCAUUGCCUACUGGCUCAUUGAAGGUUGUGCCAUAUAAGAGGAAUUUGGUGAGUUUGAGGAGGAGAAAGAGGUGUCAUUGGUGUAGGAAGGGCAGUGGUCAGAGUUUGAUUGAGUGUUCAAAUUGUGGUCAGCAGUUCUUCUGCUUGGAUUGCGUGAAAGAACGGUAUCCUUUAACACAAGAAGAGGUUAAGAGUGCAUGUCCAGUUUGCCGUGAAACUUGUGGCUGCAAGGCCUGCUCAGUGAAUCAACGCAGCACCAGUGAAUGUAAGGACUUCCUGAGAGACAAGAACAGAGUAUACAGGGUAUUAAAUCUUCAUUACUUAACGUGCAUGCUUCUUCCUGUUUUAAAACAAAUAAACCAAGAACAAAGCAUUGAGCUUGAAAUAGAGGCAAAAAUAAAAGGCACAAAUCCCUCUGAUGUUCAUAUCCAAAUAGUGGAAUUUGGUGGCUAUAACCGUUGUUGUUGCAACAACUGCAAGACUUCCAUAGUUGAUUUCCACAGAAGCUGUCCAAAGUGUUCCUAUAAUCUCUGUUUAAGUUGUUGUCGGGAAUUUUUUCAAGGGAGCUUAGCUGGAAGUGUCAAAGCACUUCUCUGCAAAUGCCAAAAUAGAAGGAAAGCUUGUAUGCCUGGAGUCCGCCUUUCAGAUAGAAUAUCCACAAGCACCUAUAAGCAAAAUAAAUACAGUAAAUACUUUGGAUCUUCUUCAUUUUUGGCUAGUUGGAAAGCUCCUGAUGUUGGUUUUCAGAUAUUCUGUCCACCAUCAAAUGUUGGUGGUUGUGGCAAUGGCCUUCUUGAUCUAAGAUGUCUUUUCCCAUUAAGGUGGACAAAAGAGCUAGAAAUAAGUGCAGAAGAAAUAGUUGGCACCUAUGAGUUGCCAGAAGCCUCUGAAACGUUCUCUUGCUGCUCAGUAUGCAUUGGGAUGGAUCAUGGAGCCAAUGGAAUCAAGCAGUUGCAGGAAGUGGCUAGGAGAGAAGAUUCAAAUGAUAACUUCUUGUAUUAUCCCACUGUUUUGGACAUUCGACGUGAUAACCUUGAGCACUUCCAAAAACACUGGGGUCAAGGCCAUCCUGUCAUUGUUCGAAAUGUUCUUCAGAAUACAUCAGACCUCAACUGGGAUCCAGGAUUUUUGUUUUGCUCAUAUCUUAAAAACAUUAUUGCCAAACCUAAGAAUGAUGAGGAAGUAACAAAGACAACCAGUUGCUUGGACUGGUUUGAGGUAGAAAUUGGUAUUAAGCAGCUGUUUCUGGGGUCUUUUAGAAGGCAGAAACAUACUAAUACGUGUGAUGAGAAGCUGAAACUGAAGGGCUCACUUUCUUCUCAUCUAUUUCAAGAACAAUUUCCAACUCACUAUGCUGAAAUUAUCCAUGCUUUACCACUCCCAGAUUACAUGGAUCCUAACUGUGGUCUUUUAAAUAUUGCUGCAAAAUUGCCACAGGAAAUCCCAAAGCAAGACCUAGGUCCAUAUCUCUCAAUCUCUUAUCACAGUGGCGAGGAACUUGGACACUCUGAUUCAGUAACAAAACUAUGUUACAAUUUGCGUGAUGUGGUUAACAUUCUGGCAUAUGCUACAGAUUCCCCUGUAUCCAUGAAGCAACUUAAUAGGAUAAGAAAGUUGAUGAAAAAGAAACAGUCUCAAGACCAGAAACAGACUAGUAAAUCUACUCUUGAUCAAAAUGUUGCUGAUAAUGCAACACAAAAAUCAUCAUCACAGGGAGAAAACAAGGAAGUAGGAUUGCAUGAUACAAUUGGAAAAGAAAUGCAUGCCCAUGAGAUAACUGCAAAGUCAUCCCAAUUUGCUACUGAAGAUCAUGGAGGACAUUAUUUGGGUUUCAAAAAUAGAGAUAUUUCAUCUGAUAUGGAAGAUGGUUCUGACUCUGAUUCUGAUUGUAAUUCUAGCACUGAAACCCUGGUACUCCCCUGCAGUACAGAAAGUCUCAACUAUUCUAGGAAGGAAAAUUUGGCCAAGUCUUGCAGUGCUCAAUGGGAUGUUUUCCGCAGACAGGAUGUCCCAAAACUUAUGGAGUACAUCAGAAAGCAUUCCAAUGAGUUAAAUCAGCUGUAUGGCUUCCGUAAGCAUGUGGUUCAUCCAAUUCUUGAUAAAAAGUUCUUUCUCGAUACUAUUCAUAAAACCAGGCUUAAAGAGGAGUAUGGAAUAGAGCCCUGGUCUUUUGAGCAACAUGUUGGAGAAGCUGUUAUUAUUCCAGCAGGCUGUCCAUACCAGAUUUGGAAUGUUAAGUCAUGCGUUAAUGUGGUUCUGGACUUUAUUUCACCGGAGAAUACUAAUGAGUGUAUCCAAUUGGUUGAAGAACUUCGUCUGCUUCCAGAAGACCAUAAAGCUAGAUCUGAUAUGUUUGAGGUGAAUAAGAUGGCUCUCUACGGUAUUAGUACCGCAAUCAAAGAAAUUCGUGAGCUUACAGUUGCACAGAGCAGUGCUGGUGAUUGCUAGACGCCAUGAACCAACUUGUGGCAACACAAAAGAGAAAUACUCCCAUGGAGUUGCAGGACUCAUAUGCCUGCAUUCUUUCCAUUCAUUGUCAAUAGCAGUCAGGAAUUGCAACCAUUUUCUGACCGUGCAAGUAAUUGUAAAUGUUGUCUGUAAUAUGGAUCAUCAGUUGAUGCAUACAACCUAGGAUUUUGGAAUACCAUGUUAACCCAGCAUUGUAUUUUCUCAUUUUCUGCAAUUUAGAUUCCUGUUUCUCCGAAUAAUGCUUUUGCCAAGCA